AACAUCAAAAUGUCCGCCCCAAAUUUUCAUUCCAGUUCUCGAACUGGAGUGUUGGAGGUGUACGUUAAGCAGCAGUGGCAAAAGGUGUUAGUAACUUUAGAAGAAGACUAUUUAAGCAUUAGUUUAGAUGAAAAUUUCGAAUUAAAUAAUGGACCUUCAAAUGGGCUUUCUGAUUCAGAACCUCCAGAUAUACCGGAAAGUAUUGCGAAUCAAAAGCGAGUUGUCAGAGUUGUCAAACAGGAUAAUAAUGGUUUGGGGAUCAGCAUUAAAGGUGGAAAAGAAAACAAAAUGCCUAUACUUAUUAGUAAAAUAUUCAAAGGUAUGGCGGCGGAUCAAACUGAACAAUUAUAUGUUGGUGAUGCAAUAUUAUCUGUCAAUGGAGAAGAUCUGCGUGAAGCAACACAUGAUGAAGCAGUAAGAGCUUUAAAACGUGCCGGUAAAGUUGUGGAUUUAGAAGUUAAAUAUUUAAGAGAAGUGACCCCUUACUUUCGGAAAGGAGCCGUUCUGGCCGAAGUUGGAUGGGAAUUCCAGCAAGGGGGAUUUUUGCCUUCUUCCCAAGUGCACAGGAAAAGUGGUAGAGCCGAUGUAAGACAGGUUCCUUUGCUGUUAUGCCACCUGUGUAGGAACCUUACGAUGCCAGACGCUGACAAUCGCACAUUAGAAAUUCAUUCUCCAGAUAGACGGCAUUCUUGUGUCCUUCGGUGUCCGGAUGCUUCCCAGUGCUCUGCAUGGUUUAAUGCUAUUCACUCUGCUGUAGAUGCCUUGAUGUCAAAAGCUGUGGUCGAGGCUGGACACCUAUUGAAAGAUGUCCUGGAGAGAGCUGAAUUAAGACAUAUGGGUUGGCUUUCUGAGAAGAUUCAUGAUGAUACUGGUGUUGUUCAGUGGCGGCCAGUGUUCUUAGCAAUCACUGAUAGGGAUCUCCUUUUAUAUGAUCUUGUGCCUUGGACUAAAGAAGCAUGGGUUGUUCCUGUAAACAGUAUACCUCUAGUUCAUACCAGGUUAGUUCACUCAAGCACACCUAGGCGAUCGAGUGGAGUGAACAUACCUGGAAUCACAGAUGUUACUACAUUUACGAUUCGGCUGGGCACAAGGCAAGGGGUUGAGUCGAGAGUAAUGCGUGUAGAAACACAUAGAGAUUUAGCUUUCUGGGCAAGGCAUCUAGUACAAGGAGCACAUAAUGCUGCACUUAUUAUGAAAGAAGCUCAUUUUUCUUGCCUUUAUCAAAGUCAAGAAUGUGUCGCCACAAUACAUUUUGAAAAUGGUUUCAUCUUGCAAGAUGCGAGGCAUCAUACUGUUUUUUGGCAAUAUCCUUUUGAGAAACUUCGCAUGUCUGCUGAUGAUGGUAUGCGAUUGGUUUGGUUAGACUUUGGAGGAGAAGAUGGAGAAAAGGAGCUAGAUUUAUUGCAGUCACCAAAGCCUUUCAUUUUUACUUUACAUACUUUUUUAUCUGCUAAAGUCAUUAGGCUUGGUCUGGUUGCAUGACAAUUACAGCAAUGGGAAGGCGAUGACGUUCUUGACGACAUUUUCGGACCUUGAUUCGAAGAUGAAUGUUAAAACUUGCUUCCUAAAAACAAAGGCUUCCCAACAUUUGUUGUCCAAAACAAUAUUUUGCUGUUAAUGAUCAAAAGAGUUGCAUUGCACAAGUUGUUAUUCGCUUGCAUACUCUUUGAAUGCAGGAACAAAACAGU